AUGCACUCAACAGGCCGUCAUCACAUCAUACUUACCUCAGCUCUGCCAUUGACUUCUCUCGCAGAGUCGACCAUGCGCUCUGCCUUUGUCAUUCUCGCUCUUACUGCCCUUGCGGUUGCUCGUCCAUCUGGGGCCCCUGGGGAUAUCACUGCCCGCGCGACUGAUGACAACGACACUAUAUUUGACUGGGUAAAGGCCAACCAAGACAAGAUUGCCAAAGUAGCAGCCGGUGGUCCGAAACCUUAG